GUGACAUAUUAAAACCUAGCUCUUAUUUUAUUUGUUUAAUAAUAGUAAAAAUCAUAAAUAUACUAUUACAAAUGUACCUGUAAGAACUUAAGAACCACCAGCAUUGACUCCAGUAAUUGUUUUAUAACACUCUUCUCAAUUUAAACUUUUGCCACAUCAUUGCCUUUCUGUCACUGACUACACAUAAACCUACUUUAAAUUGCACAAUUAAACCAUGGAAUUACUGAAGAAGUCAGUGGAGGAGCUAGCUGUAACUUUCACUGCAAGGAUGGAUGAGUUCCAGAGGGAAGUCAGGACAUCUAUCCCCGCGGCAAGUCCUUCCUCCAAUAUUAAUUCGCAGUUUAGUGUGUUCCGGUCAUUUGUAAUGACAGCUUUGGAAAAUCUACAGCUUCAACUCCAACUACUCUGUAGACAGCAGGAAGCAAUGGAGGUUAGGUCCAGGCGUAAAAUGCUUCUUGUACAUGGGAUGCCUGAAGUCCGCAAUGAGGAUCCAGCGCAGAGGAUUGUCCAAUUACUGUCUGAGCGGCUUGAUAUGCCUGAUGCUACUGGGAGUUCCAUAAGCCGGUGUCAUCGAUUGGGUCGCCCUGUUAGUGACAAGCCUCGGGCAAUACUUGUGAAGUUUAAGGACCAUGGCCUACGGGAUAAAGUGUGGUUUGCCAAAACCAGUCUUAAAGGCAGUGGUAUUACUCUGUCUGAGUUUUUGACUAAAGGUCGACAUGAUGCAUUUGUUGAGGCUAGGAAGCGAUUUGGGGUGACUCGGUGUUGGACAAGGGACGGCUGUGUUGUGGUGCUUGGUGCGGACGGAACCCGGCACCGGUUGGUAUCCGUGGCUGAGGUAAGCGCUAUCCCUGCCCCCGUUGGCGGUGCAGCUGGAACCUCUGUGACGGCGUCUACUGCGGCAACGGGGCCAUCUCUGCCUAUGCCGACCUCCGCAGCAACCCCGAAGCCCCAUGUAACAGUUAGAGCCCGAAAGCCUAUUAGGAAAUAACUCUGUUAAAGUUUUCUGUUAAUUUCACUUGUGUCGCACUUAGUUUGUUAUUUCGCCGUCUUCAUAUAUGUUUAUAACAGCUUUAUAUUUCUAUUUGUAUACAGUACUUGCGCUUGCUAAUACUUAAGCAGGUAGUUUUUCAGUAAGGUUAUUUAAUUUAGUUCUGUCGGAUUUAUCUGACAGACAAAUGACAAUUGGUAUCUGACGCGUCACUUACUUUAUUGACUAUGUUAUGUGUUCUGUCAAUUGGAAUUUAAAUUGUUUGGUUUUUGUAAAUCUGUAAAAG